CGGGACCUGUCAAUCAGUGGGGCGGACAGUCAGGCGGCGGCGGGCGGUGAGGAGCGAGGCUCCGGGGGGUUGGGGGGCCGUGAGAUAUAUAUAUUUAUAUAAAAACAGGAAGGAAGUCUGUCUGCAGGAGAAGCAAUGCCGGGAAACCAUUUAGUCAAUUCAACCGGGAUUUUAUACUUCACGUGACGAGCUGGAAAUCAUCUUAAAAUAAUCCUUGCAUCAGAUACUUUUUUCGUUGCGAUACAAAUCAAAGUCAGUGCAGAAAUGCAGUUCUUCGGGCGUUUGGUGGAUUCGCUGAACACCACGGUGACCAACCUGUUCACCAACCCUUACCGCGUGCGAGAGGUGACGCUGGCCGAGUACACCGGCUCCUCCCGGGUGAUGGAGGACGGCAGAGUGGUGCUGUACCGCACAAUGAAUUCCUGGGACUGUCUGCUCAUCAACCCCAACCUGCCUCACAGUGCUUUCAGGCUGUUCCAGCUGAGCUUGGAGGUGGAAGCCAGGCCCAUGUUUGUGGAGUUUGGGAAGAAGCUGAGGCCGUUCUAUGAGAUCUCCCCGGCAUUGCUGGGGGUGGACAGUGUCCAGAAGUUGACCGACUGUCUGCGGAGCCACCCUCAGUGGAGCCUGGCUCACGUGGCCGUGGAGAUGGGGCUGAAGGACAGCUUCCGCCACAACCACAUCAUGAGUUGCAUCAACAGCAGGGAGGCUGUGGAGGGCUUCACUCCCCUGCACCUGGCCUGCAGGAAGGAGAACCUGGACUGUGUGCGGGAGCUGGUGGAGGGCUGUGGGGUGCGGCUGGACAUCGCCGACAACAACCAGGAAACCGUCUUCCACUACGCUGCUCAGCAAGCCAACUGCCAGGUCAUCGAGCUGCUGAGCAAACACGCGUCCAUCGGGAUCAACCACGUGAGCAGCGGAGGGGAGACGCCUCUCCACGUGGCCUGCCGGCUGGGGAACGCGGAGGUGGUCCGUGCUCUGCUGCGAUGCCAGGCCAGUGGCCAUGUGGUGGGCACACACGGCUAUCCCAUCCACACCGCCAUGAAGUUUACCAAGGCCGGAUGUGCUGAGGCCCUGUUGGAGGCAGACCUGAGCCAGAUGCACACUGAGGACCCUCGCUAUGGGGGGACACCACUUCACUGGGCCAAGAACAGAGAGAUGAGCAUGCUGCUGCUGGAGCGGGGGUGUAAUGUGAAUUACCUGAGCAAGAGCGGGGAGACAGCACUGCACAUCAUGGUGAGGAGAGCUCGCUUCCCCUGCGCCAUGGUGCUGCUCACACACGGGGCCGACCCCAACUGUAAAGGGGAGCACGGCAACACCCCUCUGCACCUCGCCAUGAAGUUGGACAACCUGGACCUGAUUAAGGCGCUGAUCGUGUUCGGAGCCGACGUGAAAUGUCACAAUGAUUUUGGGGAGAGCGCUGGCUUGAUCGCUGCCCGGCACAGUAAAGGCAGUAACCGGAAGGUGAUGCUGAACUUGCUGCACAGUAUAGGUGCCGAGCAGUGUUACCCACCGUCCUCCGACACCCCCACCUCGCCAACCAGAGCCCCAGCUCCAGCGAGACCCCCCCCCAUCACCAGCCGGGAAUUAGGGUUUGACGAUGUACUGGGGGCGGCCACACUGUUCGCCUCCUUAACCAAAGGCUUCGACAUCCCAGAUACUCCCAGUCACCAACCGCGAAGCUGUGACCGGCUGCUGUGCCUGGACGGGGGAGGGAUUCGGGGGCUGGUGCUGAUCCAGUUACUGAUCGCCAUCGAGCAGGCCGCGGGGAGGCCAGUCAGGGAGCUGUUUGACUGGGUCUCGGGAACCAGCACCGGGGGCAUCCUCGCCCUGGCUAUCGUACACGGGAAACCCAUGCACUAUCUCCGCUGCCUGUAUUUCCGGAUGAAGGAUCAGGUUUUCCAGGGCUCACGGCCCUACUCCUCCUCCCCCCUCGAGGACUUCCUCAAGAAGGAGUUUGGGGAAAACACCAAAAUGUCUGACGUCACCAAACCCAAGUGA